AUGGCCGAUAAGAUGCUCAUGACUAUCUUGGUAGGCUGUUUGGCCAUCAAGGGAGCUAUACCGCUCUGGCUCGCAACUCUGAUCCUAGGCCGCGACGUUUCUCUCGCCAUAGCGGCCAUCUACUAUCGCUACGCGUCGCUGCCUCCACCGAAAACGUUCAUGCGUUAUUGGGAUUUUUCUCUCCCAUCCGCCGAGGUCCAUCCAACUACCGUCUCAAAGUUCAACACAUUCCUUCAAAUCGGUCUGAUAGGUGCUACGACUGCCCUUCCUUUAGUGACCAGCGGCGCUCUGGACAGCUUCUUGGGCAGUCUCAGUCCCUCUGAUGUCGAGAUCGCUGUUAGAGGCCUUGGGUAUGUAGUUGCGAGCACCACUCUCUGGAGCGGUGCCAGCUACGCGUGGAACAGGAAGGCUGUAAAGAUUCUGGGCAGCGAUGAAGCCUUGAAGGAGAAGCAGGGCAUGCGGGGAAGGGCCGUUGUCGGUGUAAGUUUUGCGGCCGUUGUCGGACUGGCCGCGUGGUUAGCUGCCAACGAGAAGAGUGACGGCACGCAGAGUCACGGAUCAGGAGCGAAAGAAUAG